AUGAUGAAGAUCAAGGGCAAAGGGAUCGCCUUUGAUCUAAACCUCAAGCCCGAUGAUGAAGAUGAGGUUCCUCGUUUGGACUGUUCGAUUUGUCUUGAGCUUCUUCACCCUAAGAACAUUGAUCGAACUCUUGUGAAACUCUCUUGUCAGCAUGAGUUCCACCUGGAUUGUAUCGGUUCGGCUUUUAAUGCCAUACACAAGAUGCAAUGUCCUAACUGUAAGAACGUUGAAAAAGGCCAAUGGUUUGCAAGUGGCAUUCCAUUUCGAGGUUACGGCAUAUACGGAGGCUUCGGUGUAUACGAUCCGAUGGAUCAAGAGUUUUAUGAUGAAGAACAAGAAGUUCCAUACCUUCAUUUCGGACCCAUUAACUUGGUUCCACCAACCAUGCCCAUAUGUUUACCGUUUGGUGGUGGAAAUGGGAUGGACACAACUCCUGUGUGGGGUUUAUCUUAUCCGAGACCAUUUACUGGAAAUGGAAUGGACACUGGUCCUUGGUUAUGCCCAUUUCAUCAGAGCCAGUUUGGUGGAAAUYGAAUAGCRCCUUGGUUAUCUCCARAUGAUCCGAACCAGUUCRUUUACGAUGGCUUCUUUGAWGAAUUCAUGAACCGUGACCUUGCCUGGGAGAAUGAGGCGUUUCAAUAUCAGAUGGAUCAAAGGUUGGCCACUAUUGCUGCUUAUGAACGUGACUUUCAUCCUAUGGGACGUUAUGGUGGUGGCGAAAGCAGCCGUAGCGGAGUCACAAGCACCAGCCUUAGCGAAGGCGCAAGCACCAGCCGUGGUGGCGGAGGUGGCAGCUACGGUAGCGGAGGAACUGGUGAAAACGGUGGAGGUAGUAGCUCUGGUGGCGGAGGAAGUGGUGGCAACGGCGGAGAUUGCAGCAAGUGUGGAAGAAGUGGCUGA